GUCUGCUGUAUCAGGACAGACUGACAGAUUGACUGCAGUACAAUGAUUCACUCCAGAAGCGUGCGGUUUGUGCAGCUGGUCAUUGUGUUGCAGCUGAAGCCACUUCAAGCCCUUGUUCUUGAGAAACGCUCUGCUCUUACACACAGAACUGACAAGAUCUUGUGUUUCUGUGAUGAAUUUGCUUGUUUUAUGUGACAUUUGUGACGUUGCUGCUUUGACUGUAAAGUCACUUUUUCUGUAAAGUCGAGUUAUUUUUGGAUGCUGUUACAUGAUUGAUAAAACAAGAAUACACUAUAAAAAGGUUUUUUAAAAGAUUAUUGGAGUGCAUUUUACAAGAAAAUACUAUAUGUGACUCUGGACCACAAAACCAUAAGUCAUAAGGGUCAGUUCUUUUAAAUUGAGAUUUGUACAUCGACAAUAUUUGUCUGAGAUACAACUAUUUGUAAAUCUGGAAUCUGAGGGUGCAAAAAAAUCUAAAUAUUGAGAAAAUCGCCUUUAAAGUUGUCCAAAUGAAGUCCUUAGCAAUGCAUAUUACUAAUCAAAAAUGAAGUUUUGAUAUAUUUACGGUAGGAAACUUACAAAAUAUCUUCAUGGAACAUGAUCUUUACUUAAUAUCCUAAUGAUUUUUGACAUAAAAGAGAAAUGUAUAAUUUUGACCCAUACAAUGUAUUGUUGGCUAUUGCUACAAAUAUAGCUGCUGCUUAUGACUGCUUCUGUGCUGCAGGGACACAGAUGAAUGUUUCUACUUCAAAAUUUCACUUUUAGUUCAAUGUGUAGGCCUACUUGCCAGAUUAUUUGUGAAACUUGCUAGCAAUUUCUGAGUGAAUGUUGUUUGAAGGUGAACCCUACUCUAAUGCUCUGUUAAUGCUUCUGAAUCCUGAAGUAAUGAAUUACAUGAAAGUGAUGAUGUUAAACUACAAAAUAAAGCUGCAGUAAAGAUAAGCAAGGGUUUAGAGGAUCCUCUGAAGCAGGUGUUUUGGUGGUUUGUCUGGUCUGUUUUUUCUUUUUUUUUUUCUCCAUUCUGUCUCGGAGGGAGUUUUGGUUCCUUGCCGCUGUCACCUCUGGCUUGCUCAGUUGGGGACACUUAAUUUCUAGCGAUUAUAUAUUAAUAGUAUUUGGUUGCACAGAUACUAUUUAAGUGCUUUGACACAAUCUGUAUUGUUAAAAGCCAUAUAUAAAUAAAGAUGACUUGACUUUGAAACGUUGGUGGUUUUGUGAGCAGACCGCCGUCCUCCAUCUGUGUUUGUUUCCGCAGCUCAUCGUCUGUGUUUCUCUCCUCCAGAUCAGUCCAUUCACUCCAUCUUCUGCUGCUGCUGCUGUGCUCUACAGACCAGAAGCAGCACUCGUGUGAAUGUGAACCCCAACAGAUAUCCAGGAUCCGUCUAUACGACUCAGCUGUCUCAGAAGAAGCUCCCUCCGUCUCCUCCUGAGGAUGAUGAUAUUGGCGUGAUGAAGGUGGUGGCCAUGUACGACUUCACGGCCAGAGAGAGUUCGGACCUGACACUUCGUCAUGGAGAGAUGUACAUCAUCCUCCACAAACAACACCAGCUCUGGUGGAGAGCCAAAGACAAACAUGGGAACAAGGGCUUCAUUCCCAGUAACUAUGUUACAGAAAUUGGAACUAUAGAGGCCAAUGACUGGUACUGCAAGAACAUCAACAGAGCUGAAGCAGAACAUUUACUCAGACAAGAGGGGAAGGACGGAGGGUUUGUGGUCAGGAGCUCCAGUCAGCCCAGCAGCUACACCGUCUCUGUUUUCACACACAAUUCAGGUAAAGGGGAGGUGAGGCACUACCAGAUCAAGCAGACAGACACGGCUCAGUUCUUCUUGGCAGAGAAUCACGCGUUCGGCUCUAUUCCUGAACUCAUCAACUACCACAGACACAACGCAGCAGGAAUGGUUUCCAGACUGCGAUAUCCCAUGGGCCCCAAGGGCAAAUGUCUUCCAGCCACAGCAGGAUUCAGCUCAGAUAAAUGGGAUAUCAACCCGUCAGAGCUGACCUUCAUGAAGGAGCUGGGCAGCGGUCAGUUUGGAGUGGUGCGGCUGGGAAAAUGGAGAGCGCAACAUAAAGUGGCCAUUAAAACCAUCAAUGAAGGAGCCAUGAGUGAAGAUGAUUUCAUAGAGGAAGCCAAGAUCAUGACGCGUCUCUGUCACCCGAAGCUGGUCCAGCUGUACGGAGUGUGUGUCACACAGCGUCCCAUCUGCAUCGUGACGGAGUUCAUGGAGAACGGCUGCUUGCUGCACUUCUUGCGGCAGCACAGCAGAACUCUGGGCCGCGUGCAGCUGCUCUUCAUGUGUCAGGACGUCUGCGAGGGCAUGGAGUACCUGGAGCAGAGCAGCUUCAUCCACAGAGACCUGGCUGCGCGGAACUGCCUGGUGAACGAGAGGAAUGUGGUGAAGGUGUGCGACUUUGGCAUGACCAGGUACGUUCUGGACAAUCAAUACACCAGCUCCAUGGGCUCCAGGUUCCCUGUCAAAUGGUCUCCACCUGAAGUUCUUCACUUCAACAAGUUCAGCAACAAGUCAGACGUCUGGUCAUUUGGUGUGCUGAUGUGGGAGGUUUUCUCGGAGGGAAAGACACCGUUUGAGAACCGCUCCAAUCUGGAGGUGGUGGAAGAGGUGACGCAGGGCGGCCGUCUCUACAGGCCUCACCGGGCGUCUGCGCACAUCUACAACAUCAUGUACCGCUGCUGGCAUGAGAGACCUCACGGACGACCGCCUUUUUCUGAGCUACUGCAGAACAUCAGACAGAUCACUGAAGAGGAGACAGACACAUGAACACACACACACACACACACACACACACACAUGAACUCAGAGAACGGGAGGACUGUUGAGGAUGUCUGUUGAUCUUCAGCAUGAGCUGGUGUGUGUGUGUAUGUGUUUGAUGAACUGACUUCUUACAGUCAUAAGUGAGAUAAUGAGAUGUUUUAUGUAUGUACACUGUAAACAUGCAACUUCAUGUCAGUCUGUAUAUCACAAGCACCUGAGGACAUGAAUAAAGAGGCUCACCAUGG